UCAGUCUUCUACAUAGCGCAGCGAUGGAAAAACUACUAUAUGUCCUGAGUAUAAUGCUCGCGGCGAUGCUCUGCAUCUGUGGCGUGCUUGUGGAAUCGGCGCCGUAUCCGGCCGACGUACCUGCCAAUCCUGUCCACUACAAGCGUUUCUUUCGUCGCCGGCCAUCUCCAAAUCAUCCCGAACUGGAAAUAUAUGAGGUGCGCGAAGUUUACAUUGUGCGUCGCCCCACGCCUCGACCAAAGCAGAUCAGACGGCUAACUGAUAAGGAUAUGGACCUACGCAUAAGAUGCGACUUUGAGCCCACAUUGCCCGAGUGCACUAAAUUUUCUAAUAAGCCAAAUAUCAUCACGGACAGCCACAGCUCACCAACAACAACUAAAACUGAAGCCACAACUACUAUUGGCACCACCAGUACUGUUGCCACUUCCACCACUGAGCUGCCCUUUUUGCCAGAGUUGCCUCAGGAAUUACCUGAAACAACAGUGCCCACAGGGGAAAAGGAUUAUUCGCUGGGGUUCGAUGACACUUAUGAUUUUGAGGGGGACGAUGAGGAAGACAACGAGGACAUUGCUGGCAGCACGGACACCGAGAAGAUCCCAGAUGCUGCAGAUUACUUUAAUGCUGGUGGCAGCAUUGGCGGCAAUGAUUUGACCAAAUAAAACAGUUCCCAAUUGCCCCAACAUCCCAUUUAAAGUUCAGACUUUCAGUUUGAAGAAUAAAUGAAUAAAUAUAUGUAUGGAAAUUCGAUAUUCCCGAGCAGUUUUAUGCUCUUUUAUAAGCCAAAGUUCACCGGCAACGCGACCAUUUAAAGCUUCCAUAUACAUAAGUAUAUUACAAGCAAAGCAUACCUUUUAAAUAGGUUCCAUGUUUAAAACGGAUAUAUCGAAAAUGUUUAAAUAAACUUUUGAUAAUGAUACUGUCUUAAUGUUAAAAAUGUUUGCUUUAAGUUCAAUUAUACUUGUUGCUUUACUUAAAUGUUCAAUUUUCUAAAAAGUCAA